AUGGCUGAUGAAACUAUGGACACUGAUUAUGAUGUUAUCGUGUUAGGUACCGGUAUUACUGAAUGUAUUCUAUCUGGUCUUUUAUCUGUUGAUGGUAAGAAAGUUUUACAUAUUGAUAAGCAAGAUCAUUAUGGUGGUGAAUCUGCAUCAAUCACUUUAUCUCAAUUAUAUUCAAAGUUUAAACAAAAUCCGAUAUCUAAAGACGAGAGGGAAUCUAAAUUUGGUAAGGAUAGAGACUGGAAUGUUGAUUUAAUUCCCAAAUUUCUAAUGGCCAAUGGUGAAUUAACAAAUAUUUUGAUUCACACAGACGUUACCAGAUAUGUUGAUUUCAAACAAGUCUCUGGCUCUUACGUGUUCAAACAAGGUAAAAUUUAUAAGGUCCCGGCUAAUGAAUAUGAAGCUAUUUCAUCUCCAUUGAUGGGUAUCUUUGAAAAACGUAGAAUGAAGAAAUUUUUAGAAUGGAUUAGUUCAUACAAAGAAGAAGAGUUACAAACGCAUCUAGGUUUAGACCUAGAUAAGAAUACAAUGGAUGAAGUUUAUUACAAGUUUGGUCUUGGAAAUUCCACAAAAGAAUUUAUCGGGCAUUCAAUGGCUUUGUGGACAAAUGACGAUUAUUUACAGCAGCCAGCAAGACCCUCCUUUGAAAGAAUCUUGUUGUACUGUCAAAGUGUUGCCCGUUAUGGCAAAUCUCCAUAUUUGUAUCCUCUGUAUGGUCUUGGUGAACUUCCACAAGGUUUUGCACGUCUUUCCGCAAUUUAUGGUGGUACUUACAUGUUAGAUACUCCAGUUGAAGAAGUACUCUAUUCAGAGAACGACGAAACUAAUGGUAAAUUUGAAGGUGUUAAAACAAAAUUAGGUACGUUCAAGGCUCCAUUAGUCAUUGCAGAUCCAACUUAUUUUCCAAAGAAAUGUAAAUCAACUGGUCAAAGAGUUAUUAGAGCAAUUUGUGUUCUCAAUCAUCCUGUUCCAAACACCAGCAAUGCUGAUUCUUUACAAAUCAUUAUUCCUCAAAGUCAAGUUGACAGAAAGAAUGAUAUCUACAUCGCUGUUGUUUCCGAUGCACAUAACGUCUGUUCGAAGGGCCACUAUUUAGCAAUCAUUUCAACAAUUGUUGAGACCGAUAAGCCACACAUUGAAUUAGAGCCUGCAUUUAAAUUACUUGGGCCGAUCGAAGAAAAAUUCAUGGGUAUUGCAGAACUAUUUGAACCAAAAGAAGAUGGUUCUAAAGACAAUAUCUUUCUUUCAAGAUCAUAUGAUGCCUCUUCUCAUUUUGAAUCAAUGACCGAUGAUGUCGAAGACAUUUAUCUCAGAGUCACUGGACAUCCUUUAGUUUUGAAGAAAAGGGAGGACAAGGAACAGCAACCAUAA